ACGGAGGGGAGGGUUGGAGCCUUCAAAGCCAGAAAGAGAGCGAAGAGCGAGAGAGAUGGAAGACGUAGUGAUCAGAAAGUAUGAUGAAGUGAGGGACCGUGAGGGAGUGGAGUCGUUUGAGAGGAAGUGUGAGGUUGGUCCUAGUGGGAAGACUUCUCUGCUAACUGACUCAAUGGGCGACCCCAUGUGCCGAAUUCGUCACUCUCCUUCUUCUGUCAUGUUGGUAGCAGAAGUGCGAGGAAGGGAGGGAGAGAUAGUGGGGGUGGUAAGGGGUUGCAUUAGAACGGUUACCUGUGGCAGAAAGGUCCCACGAAACGGCAGGAGUGGAUGUGAAGAGAGUGAUAACAAGCCAGUUCCUGUCUUCACCAAAGCCGCUUACAUUCUCGGCCUUAGAGUUUCCCCUUCUUACAGACGGAAAGGCAUCGGCCUGAAGCUCGUAACGCGCCUGGAGCUGUGGUUCCGCGAUAGCGGCGCGGAGUACGCCUACAUGGCCACGGAUCGCCACAACGAGGCCUCCCUCGGCCUCUUCACCCGCCGCCUGGACUACAUCAAGUUCCGAACGCCCACCGUCCUUGUCCACCCCGUCCACGCCCACCGGCUCCGCCUCCCCUCCGGCGUCCGCAUCCUCCGCCUCUCCUCCUCCGACGCCGAAUCCCUCUACCGCUCCAACCUCUCAACCGUCGACUUCUUCCCCCGUGAUAUCGAUGCCGUCCUAUCCAACAAGCUCACGCUUGGCACCUUCCUUGCCGUCCCCUCCUCCUCUGUCACCGACUUCGCGUCCUUUUCUGCUGCCCCUCCGCAGUCGUGGGCUGCACUCUCUGUCUGGAACGCCGGCGACGUCUACAAGCUCCAGGUGAAGGGCCUCCCUCGCGCCAAGCUCGCCGUGGCCCGAGCCAGCCGUCUCCUGGAUCGGUUCCUGCCGUGGCUCCGAAUCCCGUCGGUGCCGGAGAUCUCGCGGCCGUUCGGCGGCCUCUUCCUGUACGGCCUCACCGGAGAGGGACCGAAUUCGGCUGCAUUGAUGAGGGGACUCUGCAGGUGGGCCCACAACUUGGGGAGGCAGCGUGGGGCCGGCGUGGUCGUCGCUGAGGUGGCAUUCUGCGAGCCGCUAAGGGAGGGAGUCCCGCACUGGGCCAGGAUGUCGUUUGAUGACAUGUGGUGCAUCAAGCGGCUGUCCGGCGGGGAAGGCUACUCGGACGGCGAGGUCGGUGACUGGACCAAGUCGCCGCCGGGAACUUCCAUCUUCGUGGACCCCAGGGAGGUCUGAUGGUUUCCUUCUCUCUCCUAAAUAUGUCGGUGGUGGUUGUCUCUCCUUAAACAUAUCGGUGGUGGUGCUUUAUGAAGCCUACGAGGAAGAAAGGAAACGGAGGGAGCGCUUUGGAGAUGUGCUGUAUAUAUUGGUCUUAUCUAGUCGUGCCUUCGAAAAGACGAUGUAUAU